UGAACAAAGAGUAUAGUGCAAGGCGGAGUUGGCUGCAAGCUAUGUCUGCUGGCGAAAGGGUUGAAAAACUGAUGGAUGUAUAUCCUUGUUUUAAAGACCAUAUUGAGAUAAUCGAAGAAGCCAGACGAGUCUUGGGUGUCGAGAGUUCUGGAGAUAGAGAGGAAUUUAAAAACCAGUGUAUCGGAUUGUUAGCUGAUGAAAUUGAGCCCAUAAUAUACUAUGGCAUAAAUAAAGGAAUAAGCCCACCAAAAAGUCCAAAGACAAAUUCCAAGAUUCUGCAUGUUUUGCAAAAUUUACCUUAUAUAUUCAGCGCAAAGAAGCAGCCCAAGAAAGUGUUGGACCUAGUAUACAAACUAAAGGACCAUGAAGACCGUGAGGCCUGGUGCUCAAAACGUUCCGGUAAUGUCCCUGUCCUCCUGAUCGAAAGAACUAGGUGCUACCUUAUUAUUGGAAAGAAGAUGGUUGCGGAGUUGGACGAGGAAAAGCUGAAUGAAGGAGUGCUUGCUUUGUUGGCAAGUUUUUAUCUGCUUGACUUUGAUUAUCCCCGCUUUCAUGAAAUGGGUUUGACCUUUCUUCACCAAUAUAUAUUUAAGGACAUGAUUGUUCCAACAGAUAUUAAGCCCUCCUUUGAGUUAGUACUAACUGAUUAUAAGAAUUUCAAGUCGAACUAGAACUUCACAAUGAACUGCUUCUGAU